AUGGCAGGCAGAGCAGGAAGACGCGGUCUAGAUUCUACCGGAACUGUUAUAAUCUUGGCUAAAGGGUCAGAACCUCCUGAUAUUAGUUCAUUAACAUCGAUUUUAAAAGGUAAACCAGUCAAACUUGAAUCACAUUUUCGUAUAACUUAUAGUAUGAUGCUUAAUCUUUUACGUAUUGAAGAAUUAAGGAUUGAGGAUAUGCUGUCCAAUUCGUAUGUGGAAAGUGCUUCUUUACGUAUGGUUGUUCAGCGAAAGGAGCGUCUUAAAAAGAAUUUUUUAUUGGAAUUUUUUCGAAAAUUUUUCUAG